GAGUGAGUCAUGUGGACAGAAUGCCAGCAGCAAAGCUGGCGCAUGUUGUUUCAUUCGCAUGAAAGUAUGUUUUAUUCAUUUGCUGAUGAUCAUCUUCAGUAGCUGUAAGAGAGAAAAAAGGAGGACCAGAACAUUACUGGAAAUCUUGGUGAAAUUCUGCAGCUUUGUCACCUUGCAGUGGCAGUUGGAUGUAGCAAAGGGGACUGAAUGAAACCGUCCGCGCUCUUUCGUUAAUAGCACACCCUGGUCACGUCUCCGUGCGAGCACAUUGCGCUGGGAUUGCUGAGCAGAAGCAGCAAGGUACUGAUGGCGAUGCAUUUCCAGUGCGGGCUGCCAGAGCCCUCUGUUUGCCAUUGGCUGCGGUUUUCUGGUUUAUUUGCAGCUUCCCCCAUCUGGAAUAUGAAAAUUGGAUCGGAGUAGGUAAUUGCUAGCAGCGGGUUUUUGAGAGAGGCUUGGUGGGAGCAGAAUGCCUCUUGCACAGCACUGCCUGUGCUGAAAGAGCUCUGAUUUUAGAUGUUAGCCACGUCUGAAUCACUGGGAAACUUUACCGUGAGAGCACUGCGCACAAUCCUGGAGCUGACAGCCAGAGCGGCACGGAGGGGGCAGACAAUGGGAUGCCCUGUCCUUGAGUUGCUCCAAGAACAGACACCCAGCGCUCCCCUUGGCUGCCCCGCAAACAGAGCAUGAAGGUGACCACGGACUGAAUUGUGCCCCGUGGAGAUCCCGCAGCUGUUAAGGAUGGGAUACACAGACCCCUCGUCGGGCAGGGAUUUGCUGGGAAACAGAACUUUGUUCUUCAUCUUCAUCUGCGCCUUCGCUGUGGUCACCCUGCUGCAGCAGAUCCUCUAUGGGAGGAACUAUCUCAAAAGGAACCCAACAGAUAGACCAGGAUGCUUUUGGUGCCACGAGGAUAACCUGAUGCCCAGAGGGCUGCAGUUUAGCUGGCAGAAUGGAGAGGAAUUGGCCAAUUGGACCGGCACCUUUAAUUUCACGGAUGACGGAGCAGUGAAGAGUGGCAGUGACACAGGCACCAGGUAUUUCGAGUUUUAUGAAGGGCCGUUGGAAUACAACUCCACCAAAUGCCUGGAAUUGCGACAGGACAUCAUUGCGGUGAAGGUUUUGUCUAUGGUGAAACAAACUGAAUUAUUUGACAGAUGGAAGAGCCUACAGAUGUGCAAAUGGGAGAUGAAUGUCACAGAAGCCAACAUAUUCAAAUCUACGUUGUCGAGGUGUUGCAAUGCCCCUGCCUUCUUGUUCACCACUCAGAAAAACACUCCUUUGGGAACUAAGCUGAAGUAUGAAGUGGAUACCAGUGGAAUCUUCCACAUCAACCAAGAAAUCUUCAAAAUGUUUCCGAAGGAUAUGCCAUACCACCGCUCCCAGUUUAAGAAAUGUGCUGUGGUUGGGAAUGGAGGGAUCCUGAAGAACAGCAAAUGUGGCCGAGAGAUUGACAGUGCAGACUUCGUGUUUCGAUGCAAUUUGCCUCCCAUAUCUGAGAAGUACUUCACGGAUGUUGGGGUGAAGACGGACGUCGUGACUGUCAAUCCCAGCAUCAUCACUGAGAGGUUUCAUAAGCUGGAGAAGUGGAGGAAGCCUUUCUAUGACGUGCUCCAGGUCUAUGAGAAUGCCUCUGUGCUGCUGCCGGCCUUCUACAACACGCGCAACACGGACGUCUCCAUCAGGGUCAAGUACGUCCUGGAUGACUUUGAGUCUCAGCAAGCUGUGUACUACUUUCACCCCCAGUAUCUCAUCAACGUCUCGCGCUACUGGCUGGGCCAAGGGGUGCGGGCCAAGCGGAUCAGCACAGGGCUCAUCCUGGUGACUGCUGCCCUGGAGCUCUGCGAAGAGGUCCACCUCUUCGGCUUCUGGGCCUUCCCCAUGAACCCCUCAGGGAUUUUUAUAACUCACCACUACUAUGACAAUGUGAAGCCUCGCCCUGGUUUUCAUGCGAUGCCCUCGGAAAUCUUCAACUUUCUGCACAUGCACAGCAAGGGGAUCCUGCGGGUUCACACGGGAACCUGCGGCUGCUGUUGACAAGGGCACUUUUUCCUCUGGUGCAAAAGUGCAUCAGGAACUCGAUGCCUGUGUACACCCUUGAGAUUAUGCAAUAGUUGUUUGAUAUAAAUUUCCUUGAGGCAUUGCAUCCCAUAGGAUCUAUGUGACCAGUAUCUUUCCCGCUAGCAGAGUUGGAUCCAUAGCAGUGUGGGUUGAAUCAAAACUCCUCUGUCCUGGGGUGUGCACUGCCCUUGGAAGCAGGUUGGAUGAGAAGCACAUCUCCAAUGGAUUUAGGGAUAUACAGAGCAUAUAAAUAUAACUGUCAUUUCACUAUGGAGAUCACCAAGCUUUUAAGGAGAAUUGGGGAUGGAGAGUUUCAGCACAGACUGUAUAAUUUUAUGUAGGCUUCCAAGUUGAGUGCUGUGUGGCACUGUCAGAUUUUACUGAAAGCACUAUUCUCUGACAUUUGGGCUUUUGAAAAUACUCUUUGCGUUGUAGUUUUAAGGGCAGUUGUAUAACUUGAGGUCAUUGUUCUGUAACGUCACAAAGUAUUGGUGAAAAAUAGCAGAUAGAUGUGAUAGGAAUAAACAAGGUCACCUUAUGAAACUUUUCAGUUGGGAUAGAAGAGAAUGUUUAGCUCCCACUUGCAGCAACAGGUCACUGUGCUGACCAUGGUGUGUGAUUGUUCUAGAGCUUCUUUCUUCUUCCUUCUUGUAUCAUGUCUGGCCUUCUCUGCUGAUAAUGUUUUCUUUCCCAGUGCAGUCUUUCCUUUUUGCUAAUACAUGUGGGGUGUCUGUGCUUUCUCCUACAGUGACCACCUCAGCUUCAGACUGGAGACCUUCACACUUCUGUAAGCUUUCCUUGGACUGAAUAGCAAGGAGAUUACCCUAGUCAGAUUUUCUGAGUUCAUUUUUGAUUCAAUUAUUGCAGCAUUAGAUGGAAAAAGAAUUCCUCCUCUGUUUUAUUAAAGACUUUUGUAGGAGUAUUCGAGUGUUGAUCCGCUGUUGUACAGGUUGAAUCAAAUAUUUUCAGAUGUCAGUGAUAAAUACUUGCAGGAAAUGAAGUUAAAAGACAGUGAGGAUAUUAAUGGCUUGAAUUAUGAUGUCUGAAUGUGGCAUUUGUUUGUGUUGAGAAUGUUACUAGGAUAAUAAAAGGGCUGAUGCAUUCUUUGAAAUGUUACCAAUGUGACUUAGUCAUGCCAAGCUUGGUUUUUCCACCGGGUGCAGUUACCCUGGCAAAAUCCUGAUGCAGGACAGAUGCCACAUGCUGCCAGAGUUUAUUUUGACUGCUGAACCAUAGUGCAGACACAUGCCCUCUCAUACUGGAGGGUGAGGUUUGCUGUUCAGCAUUCAUUCUGGCAUUGUUAAGAUGAACAGAGUUUCCUCUGUUCUAUCUUUUCCAUCUAUGUUUUUAGUGUGAAGCACUCAGGCUGCUGUGCAGUGCUUUGUCGUGUCCUUUUCAGAUUGCAGAGAUUUGGAGUUUGAAGUGCUUGUCUUCUCUGAGGGUUGUGUUUAAAUCCAAAUCAGGAUUGGAUUUUGACUUUGUAAUGUGUGAGCGCACACAGCUACUUUUAAAGCCUCUGUGCUGUGGUGACAGCUCUGAAAGUCACUCACACUCACACAUAGUUAAAAUGAUGUAAAGGGAGCAAAGCACAGCAGUCACCAUUCCAGAAGUCCCUACUGACCAUACAGCAGUGACCUGGAUGGUGUGCUGGAGUCUGAAUUUCUUUUACAUCAGGCUUCAGAGGUCUGAUUAGUUUUAAAACAGCCCAUGUUCUUUGUUGAAGUGUCAGAGCUUGCUAAGUACUAGCCAGAGGCAGGCAAAGGGCCUGUGCUUAAGCUUGGUGCAUUUGUCUUGUGCUUUUGGUCUUUGAGCCGUGCUGUGUGUUGGUGAACUGUAUCACAGUGCGCCCAAAAUGAACCUAUGGGUGAAAUGGUUUCCUUGAAAUAAUACGCAAAUGAUUUCUUCGUCUUGGCUGUGUUUUGUAAAUUAAUGUGCAAAGGGCUUUGAUAAUGAAGUGCUGUAACAGAAGUGCUUUGUAGAGAGCAAUAUGACCCGUGAGCUGGGCAUCUUGCUGUGUAUUGAGCUUUAUCAUAAUGAAGCCAGCACCUGCAGACCUCACUUCAGCCUGAGUGAGGGUCUGGUGGUGACUUGGUUUGCUUUGCUGCUGCUGCUUUGCUGGGGAUACACUCUCUGGUAAGAGUUUUUCUUCACUAUGUUGAUUGAAGCGAACAAAAGGAGUCUGAUCUAUUGCAAGAGGUACUUCAGGAGGAUGGGAAGGCACUUGAGAAGCAUUGGCGUGUUGAAAAGAAAUGGAGCAAAUCCCCCUGUUUGGUUGCAAAAUUUCUUUUGAACUUUUUGGUCAGGCAAAAGGAUAAGCAAAGCUGUAACUACAGUAACCUCUAAUUGCGGGAACACAGACAUUUCCUUCCCUUUGUUUGCUUCAUAUAAAUGAGCAAUGUAAAUUCACCGAGGCUACACUGUGUAAGUGCGGUUUUACUGUGUUUAGAUUUUGAUGGAUUAUAGGUCUAUAACUACUAUAUUUUUUUAAUGAUUUUAAAAUGCACGUGCAGGGUACUUGCACAUAUGCACCAAAGGCCCAGUCCUGCAACUUUCAUCUGAAAAGAGCUCCCAUUCCAGCUGAUGGGUAUUUUAUUUGUAUAGCUACUGCAGAAACAAACCCAGCCGUGUCUGUGGAGGUGUACAUAGGUGUAUAUUAGUGAUGUUUAGUGAUAGGACUAGAGGGAAUGGCCUCAGGUUGUGCUAAAGGACGUUCAGGUUUGGAUAUUAAGAAAAAUUUCCUCUCCAAAAGAGUGGUCAGGUGUUGGAAUGGGCUGCCCAGGGAGGUGGUCG